AUGAAGCGAAUGAUCAGCGCUAAAGAUACUCGAUUGCCUCAAGUUGCAUCGUCUAUGUUUUUUGAAUACAAUUCAGCAUUAGGACCACCCUAUCACGUUUUAGUAGAUACCAAUUUCAUUAACUUUUCAAUUCAAAAUAAGCUUGAGCUUGUGAAAUCUAUGAUGGACUGCUUAUAUGCAAAGUCUGUUCCUUGUAUUACUGACUGUGUGUUAGCAGAACUUGAGAAGCUAGGCCCCAAAUAUCGUAUCGCUUUAAAAAUCGCACGAGAUCCUCGUUUUGAACGUUUGCCUUGUUCACAUAAGGGUACCUAUGCAGAUGAUUGUCUAGUAAACAGAGUAAUGCAGCAUAAAUGUUAUAUCGUCGCCACAUGUGAUCGUGAUUUGAAGAGACGUAUCAGAAAGAUACCCGGUAUUCCUAUAAUGUCAAUUGCAAAUCAUAAAUAUGCUAUUGAAAGACUGCCUGAACUUGGUGUCAAUAACAAACAAUAG